UCCUUCGGUUUGUUCCCGUGAUCACCACCGUCACUCGCUGUAUCACACAUUCCGGUAGUUUGUGAGUUCUCUCAACAGUGCAAUCAUGCCGAUGUUCGUGGUGAACACCAAUGUGGCUAAAAGUGCGGUUCCUGCCGCUCUUAUGUCUGAGGCUACAGACGAAUUGGCCAAAGCGAUGGGGAAACCUGCACAGUAUAUCGCUGUGCACAUUAACGGGGAUCAGAUGAUGAUGUUCGGUGGAAAGCCAGAUCCUUGUGCACUGUGCUCCUUAAUCAGCAUCGGGAAAAUCGGAGGCGCACAAAAUAAACAAUAUUCCAAAUUAUUGUGCGGCCUGCUCAACAAACACCUGGGCAUCUCGCCUGACAGGAUUUACAUCAAUUUUACUGAUAUGGCUGCAGAAAAUGUUGCUUGGAACAACUCCACCUUUGGCUGAGAUAAAAAGCUGCAUAUUAAGCAAGACCUUUAUGCAAUAGACUAAUCAGUGGUAGCCUAUCAAUGAUAACAGCACUUACUGUAGACUUGAAUCUAUAUGAUAAUAAAGUAUGAUGAGUCAAAAUGAUGUUUUUUUUUGGUGAAAUGUAAUAAAUAAAAGCAUUUCCUUUGAGAAUGAACAAGACUUCA